GCAAAACUUUGGACGGAUCUGCAACCCACAACCCCCCGUCGGGCCACAACCAGCAGUGGGUGACAACAACUCGCUGUCCGCUGGACCGCCCCCCCAACGCCGAUCGUCUCGCAGGCGGACGGGACGGGACCCACAUGAACAACCCAAAACAGACGUCCUUCACCCACUCACAACUCACAACCCUUCGUCACCUCGACAACGACGACGACGACCGUACACCAAGUCGUGUAAACAAAUGACCCUUCAUGACCCAUGACCGAUCUUCUCCGCGUCCUGCCGCACUUCCCCGUCGCCCAAUAUGCAAGUCUAAUCUCUACCCUGGAGAAGGUCGGCCUCACCACCAGCGACCUCUUGACUCUAGAAGCAGCCGACAUUGGAAAACGCACUCAACUGCCCCUGCUCGACGUCAAGCGUCUAUGUGCCGCCGUCCUCGCUGCUCUUCACGAUGACCUAGGUGUUUUUGCCACAUCUCGCCGCGGCCAACACAGCAGCAGCAGUCAUGUUCAGGAUCAACAACAUGGUCAGACCCUGAAAAACACGCCCGCCUCCCUCGCCGCACAAUGGCAGACCAUCAGCACCCUAGAUCCGGACAUCGACCGCGCUCUCGGCGGCGGCAUCCCCGCCGGCUAUGUGACCGAGAUCACCGGCGAGUCCGGCGCCGGCAAGACGCAGUUCCUGCUCACACUGCUCCUCUCAGUUCAGUUACCGCCUCCGCACGGCCUCGGCAGGCCGGCGCUGUACAUCAGCACCGAGGCGCCGCUCUCCACCCGGCGGCUGGCCCAAAUGCUCACCACCAACCCUUUCUACGCGGACCUUGACUCAGAAAGCGGCCGAGGAGGAGAAGGAGGAGGAGGAGGAGGAGGAGGAAAGAGACCAUCGCUCGAUAACAUCAUCAGCACCGUCACGCCCGACCUGGAAAGCCAAGAUCACAUCCUCACUUACCAAGUGCCCGUGGAGAUUGAGCGGCGCAACAUCGGCCUGUUGGUGCUCGAUAGCGUGGCAGCCAACUACCGCGCCGAGUUUGAUCGUUCUUCCAAAGAAGCAGCUACGUCGUCCUCGACACCAGGCGCGCGAUCCUCUAACAUGGGAGCGCGCACCGCCGAGCUAGUUCGACUAGGUAUGCAACUUCGCGAUCUAGCGCAAAAGUACAACCUAGCCGUGGUGGUGUCCAAUCAAGUAGCCGAUCGGUUUGGGACUAAGAUGCCUGAGCCCAUUUCUUCUUCUAUCCCUCGCUCCUCCAUUUCCAUCCCACCUCGAUCCAGCAGCAACGUUCCUACACCCUCCACCCCCUACCCUCACGGUCACCCAGCAGACGACGACACCUCAACAAUCCACCACCCCGCCCUCCACUUCGACAACCAACAACGUUUUUUCACCGGUUGGGGCGACGAUCCUUACGCCUCCUACGCUUUGAAGACUCCCUCCUUGGGUCUGGUCUGGUCUACACAGAUCUCUGCGAGGAUAGCGCUGUUCAAAAGGCCAGCUUACGGGAGGAGUAAGUACCAAGCUGAUGAUGAUGAUGAUGAUGAUGACAUUGCCGUUGUCGGCAGUGGGAGAGAAGCUGUGGGAAUGCCAAUGCUGAAGAGCUGGAGGAGGUGGAUGAAGGUUGUUUUUGCAGGAUGGACGGCGGAGAGCGGGAUGGGGUUGGGAGAGGGAAGUGUGGAGUUUGAGGUUUGGAUGGGGGGGCUGAAGGGGGUGGGGAAGAAGAACGGGAAGGAGGAGGGAAUGAAGAAGGGGGAGGGGGAAUUGAAAGUGGGUGGGAAGGGAAAGGGAAAAGAAGUCUGACAUGUGAAAGGGGUUUAUGAGAGGACAAGAAAAGAGAUGAUCUGAGGUGGUUUUGGGAAGCAGUGAGUAGUGUUUUCAACUGUGCUAGAAAUGAUUUGGGAAGAAGAAAAAAAGGGAUAAUAUGUGAUACCCCCCAGAUUUUGGAGCUUAGAAUACACUUUAUUUAGAAUACCAAAUGUAAAAGUCGACGGUUAGUGACGCCAGUCAGUGAGCGAACGAUACACACGGUCAAGAAUAGCCAAAAUACUCGCCGAAAAUAUCAAG